CCUAUUUAAUGCUACACAUCUCCAUGGCGUUACUCCGCCGUAGACCUUGGGGCACACAGUGACCUCCCUGUACGAUACUGUCAUUUCGUCCGCCGCCAUCUUGUCUCGAUUUAUCCCGAUCAAGAAGUUUUCAUUAGCUACCUACCGUCGAGAAUCCAUGGACACAAUGCAGCCGACAGGCGCCAGCGAAGAGCUCAUCCCACCCACAAUGCCAGCCGUCUACCUCCCGACCCAUCCCUACGUGAAACACCGCAAGUCAGGGCCCUCCACUCUCGUCUACAGAGCUGAUUUUCCUACUCCUACACCCACUGAGACGCAAUACCUGAUCAAAGUUCAAGCAGCCGCUGUAUGUCGCGGCGAGCUAGAAUGGCCUCAUCUCCUCCAUCGCAGAGAAACCGGAGCGGUCAUCGCGCAUGAUAUCUGCGGAACUGUCCUCUCCACUCCUUUUACAGACGAGCAUCUUAGAGACGGACCUAAAUUCAAAGUUGGAGAUCGCGUGUUUGGCUUGAUUGAGCCGAGUAGAGAUGGUGGUGCUGCGGAUUGUGUUGCGGCUGAGGAAGAUGAAUUGGCGUUUAAACCGCAAAAUAUCUCUGCGGUUGAGGCUGCGAGUAUUCCCUUACCUGCGCUGAUGGCGUAUCAAGGGCUGUUCGAGCAGUUGAGGGUGAAUGAUUGGUUGAAAGAGGUGCAUGGAGUGCAUAAGCCUUUGAGACUGCUGAUUUUGAAUGGUGCCUCCAGCGUGGGGAUUCAUGCGAUUCAGAUGCUAAGGUCAAAAUCGCUUUUGCCUAGCGCGUCCAUCUGGAUCUUUGCUACUACUAAUUCUAAGCAGCAGAGCUCCUUUUUGAGAGACAAGUUCCAUGUUGAUGAAGUGAUCGACUGUGCUGAAAAUCCGGAUCUUGUUAAGGCAUGGGUUCAAAAAGGCUGGGCGCCUGUACACCUCGUCCUAGAUUGCAUUGGCGGUAAGGCACAUAGACAAGCCCACGAUGAGAAGAUCAUAUGCAAAAAUGGUGCGAUCACAACCACAGUGGGAGCGGAAAGCGAAGUUAGGGAAGCGUCAAAAAACCAACACCCACACAGCCAAUUCGUUUCAAUAGAACCGAACGGGAAACACCUAGGGAUAAUUGGGAAACUCGUCGAGAAGGGAGAGCUGACGCCGUAUGUUGACAAAGUAUUUGAGUUGCAUGAAGCAAAGGAGGCUAUGACAUUUGUCGAAGCAGGGGAGCUUAGGGGAAGGGUUGUGCUGCAUAUUAAUUAUGAUUAG